AUGGAGAUCGCUUGGAUGAAAAAGGCUGCGAUAUGGGCAUUCGCCGGACUGGGCCUCUCUCUGGCCGUCAUCUCCUGCUGCCAGAUGGCCGACAACUAUUUCGUUCUUACCCACCCCGACGCUUGCAUCGCUUCAUCCAACGGAACUCACUGCGCGGCAGAAUUCCGCGUAGCGCGGCGAUCCCUAGGCGUCGUGCCGCAGACGCCUGAGCAAGUCACCUCAGCCAUGAUCGCAGCGGUGAAAGCGCAAGUCGCGGCGCUGAUCGAGGCAGCCGAUGAGAUUAAGACCAACAACGUGCGGGAAGACCAUUUUACAAAUGUGAUGGCGAGGACUUGCGCGCGCCAAGCCACCAUCGCGCUGCGCUACCUGGGGCAGGCGGGAGAUGCGGUGGAGGCGGGCACGAAUCAGCUCGACGUGCCGUACUGGCUGGCUGCCGCCGAUACGCAGAUCGACAACUGCGUCGAUGGCUUCCAGACUUUCUCGCCCGCCGCGCAAGGCUUCCCCGCUUACGUACAUCUCGAGUAUACGGCGAAGAAAGCGGGAAGCACUCUUGACGCUCUCUUAUCCAUCACCAACGCCGCCGCAAAAGCCGCCGCAUCCGCCGCUACCAGCGUCGCGUCAACGGAGGAGGAUGUGGCGCCCGUGCGCGGACGCCGCAUGGCCGUCCGAUCCAGCAGCUCGGGGAACGGCGCGAUGGAUUGGCUUGAGGCGGGCUUGUUCGUCGCCUUCGGGAUCAAGUUCGUCAACACGGCAGGCCCCGAGAAUCACCAAGCAGUUGCGUUUCGCGCCACCGGCGACCAAACAGCUCUUUUCAACUGCGCGUUCGACGGAUCGCAAGAUACAUUGUAUGUGGACGCGGGCCGCCAAUACUACAAAAACUGCUACAUUGGCGGCUCGCAGGACUUCAUUUUCGGCGACGCGGCCGUGGUUAUCGAUGCGCCCAAGAUUCAGCUUCACCCAAGCCCCUCUUUCGGGACCCUAACUGCGUCGGGACGGGCCAAGGACACCCCGACGGGGAUCGUGAUUCGCGACGCUGUUGUCUCGGCGGAUCGCGGCACGAAGAAGGUGUAUCUGGGCCGUCCGUGGAAGAAAUGCGCCUUCACGGUUUUCAUCAACACCUUUCUCCCCGCGGUGAUCGAGAGGGACGGGUGGCUGUCGUGGAACGAGGGCAGCUGCAUGUUUCUGGCGGAGGCGGGCAGCAAGGGGCCGGGCGCCGCGGCUUCCCGCGCGGACUGGGUGGACCCUGGGAUCAUCACGAGCGUACGACGCCAACACCUUCACGCAAGUCAACUCCUGGCUCCGCCUGUCGCGCUAGGGCUUCAGUAG